CACGCAAGCUGUAUAGGCAUUUGCGCAUAAUAGAAUACGCUUUCAGACAGGAGGUGAAAACUUUGGUACUCCACCCAUCCCAUCUGUUUCCGUAACUUGCCAUUCACAUUUUCUGCUGGCAACAACAUAUACGAACUUCUGAGCUGCUAGCAACAAUGGCUUUCGAACUUCAGAUACACUCUAUUUACAAGUGCGCCGCAAUCUACCCACCUCAUGUGAACCAGCCCUCUCCACCUACCUCGCAGCACUUAAAAAUAGGCACCUCCUCAACCUCAACAGACCUUCCCGCUCUCGGAUUACUCGUAGCUGUCUGCGAUGAGACCUCGUACUUUCACGCACCCGGCAAGCCAGCGAAACCGCAUUCGUGUUAUGUCGCCCAGUACAAUCGGACGACGAAAGAGGCAAUCAUCUUUCUCGGAACUGAGCACCCUGUGUCGGCCCACCGCUUCUUGCCGGUUUAUCAGGGAUCGGAGAAAAACGUCGCCGGGCAUCUCACAACUAUGCCGCCCUACGCACUCCCCAGGGGAUUUUAUCUCAACUUUACAACCCCACUCCGCGUGUAUUUGUAUGCUCUUCCCGCUACAUCGACCCUCAACUCCUUGAAGAGCACCCUCAGCACCGACACCACCAUAACGGCCCCACCGCCAGCAACAAUCCCUGCGCGUCCAUAUGAUGCCGGGUCUUUUUGUUUGGAUCCCACAUCACGCAGAAUCUUCUGGGAAGCUCACCGUUCCUACCACAUAGAGCGGUGGCGUCGCCUAAACGAAGGCCAACCUGCGAAUGAGGAUAGCGGAUCGGACGAUGAAAGUAGUGAUGAUACGAGAGGGUUGCAAGGGGGUGAUGCGCAGAAUGUUGUCGCCAGGGGAGGGGAGGACAGAGGCGCGGUCACCCCGGAAGGUCGAAGUGCAGAGAGCGGGAACCAACUUGGGGGAAAGGGUCUGAAGGGUACUCAUUAUCCGCUUGGAACUGAAUGUUGUGACGAUUUGGAGUGGGACGAUGAGGACUUUGACCUGGCACGCCCUUGUCCUAUCGUCCGUCCAUCUCGUCACAUACAUAUCGCGGGGGUAACUCACAACCUUGGAACUGAGGGUUGCGACGAUUUAGAAUGGGACGACGACGAUUUUCAGGUGGACCCGAGACGAGCCCCAGCCGGUCUUUUCAUUGGUUCAGUGCCAAAAGGAUGAAAAGCGUGUUAGUUACACACAGCUUGAAUUUGCAUACAGUUUUACACUAAUUUAGUGUAAAAC